AUGUUCUUGACCUUAUUGCGGCAUCAUCAGUACUGCUCCGAUCGCUGCCAAAAGCAACAUUGGCUCAGACACAGCUCUACAUGUGCCCACCCGUACCUGGAAAAGAAAUGGCAACCCAGUUGGCUCGCGGAAAAUCGAGAACCUCGUUUCCUCGCUUCCUCCCUCUCCUGGUCCCAUAGUGCGACGUCAAGCGGAUCCCAUAUCUUCCCUGCGCUUGACGUCCUUCAGCUCUCGUACAAUGAAGGUCCAAAGGCAGCGGAAAUGAACUUCAAGCUCUGUUUCACAGCUUGCAGCGAUAUAAGAAAUCUCGUCAAGACCGUAAACAGUCUACCGAAAGACUACACUGGUAGAUGCGAGAUCCUCAUGAACGAUACCGACGCCACCGUCAUCAACCGAAAUCUCGUUGUUCUCUUCGCUCUUCUCGGCGCCGGACCAUCUCUUGACGAAGCUGCAGAACUCGCAACGCACUUGAUGUAUUCCACCAUUCUUACUCCUCGUGGAGCGGCGUAUCUCCAACGUUGCAUUGAAUACAUCUACGCAAGCGACACCUCGCCUCAGGAACAAACGAUGUCUUUCCGUGUACGACUAUCCACCAGGGGCUCCUGUAGCACGAUAUAUUCUACUCAAACCACUACGGGCGUUCGGCAACCCAUGGAGAUGCUCUACGGACAAUCGCUGUUUACGUUUUCCGCAGCGAUGAAAAGCAUGCGGUGUACCAUUAUGCAGCACGAUAACGCUGAUCGAUGGGAUUGGUUCUUGUCCAAGCUGACCCCUGCCCAUCGGAUGUCGUUUAAGAAUUACCGUGAUUCAGGGAUCUUAUCCCCUUUCUCGCUGAACACGACGAACUUUACGCAACCGAAUCGCCUUCUCUUCUCAGCACAAGACGAAUGGUUAGGCGACUUUAACCCCCUUGGAGGAUGGGAUAUCUCCUCCGUCGUUUCUUCUGGGGAGAAACAUGGCGUCUCCUCAGCCGACAUCUUCGGCUGUCUUUUCUUCCACGUCAAAUCCCAACUCAGAGAAUUCGCUCGUCGUGUCAAAGACCACAAGAUCGAAAUCCACCUCACCCAAUUCGAUCCCAAAAUUUUAUCCAAGGGGUUGUUAGCUGGUGCUCUGGGAUCUGGAUAUGAAGGUGGUGGAUGUUUUGAUCGGAUUGAUACGGGGAAUAUGAUGGAAAGGGAAAAUAUUGGGAUACGGGAGUGCUUGACUGAGUGGGGGCCUUUGCUUAACUGUUCGAAUCCGAAUUCGGUGAUAUUGAUGUCGACGAGAACGUGGCAUGAAGGGUGGAUGACGAUGGCGAGGGUGGAUCCUCGUGUGGCGCUGGGGAGUAUAAUGGAGAGGUGUUUUAGGUUACGGGGUGUACACCCGAGGUUUAAAGAAUCAUUUUCUCAAGGGUUACGAUCUCCAAAGGUUCUGAGGAUGAUAGAAUCCCUCGAUGCGUUUUAUGAUCAUGACGAUGCUUUACACGAGUUUCUGGAGGAACAGAAGAUGGAUAUGGUUUUAGAGAGCUGUGGAUUAGAGUUGAGGAGUCAGCAUCGGGUCCAUCCCAAGCGAUUUGGUGUUCCUCUUAGUGCACUCGAUCAUCAGCUACCAUGCCUUGACCGUGCUGAAUUCUAUCAACUAGCCACUUUAUGUGGCGCAAAUUUCUCGGCUCGAUUUUUAGAAUUCGCUCCCAUACAUCACGAGUCUGUUUAA